AUGGAAUAUUCAAAUAAUUUAUUUUUUUUUGUUAAAAUUUUCUCAUUUUCCCUAUUAAUAUGGAUAUGCCAGGACAUAUAUGAGACAAAUAACUCUACAAAAUCAUGGAAUAAGAAAAUCAAUCCAAAUAAUAUAUUAGAUACAAGGGUAAGUAGAUUAUUAACUCCACAAACGGAUGUAGAUUUAAUUCAGCUUAGCAAUCAUUUAAAACAAAUGCUUCCACGCAAUCUUCUAAAACCUGUUAGUACAUCUACGUAUGUGAAUACCAUUAUAAAUUCCUUUGAUUCAUCAAUAUCUAAAAUUUAUCUUAAAAAUAUAUAUAAUGAAUUAAGGAGAAAAGCAUCUCGAAAGAAAGGAUACGAACAAAGAAAAAAAGAAGUAAGAGCAUUUAUAAAACAAAUUUUAACAAAUUUACAAUUAAAAUAUGAAAAACUACUAAGUAGAACGAAACCAUUUUGUUAUAAAAAGUACAGUAUAUUUUUACACAUUAUAACCCACCCCAAAAUCAUGCAUAUUCUUGAGCUUACUAUUCCAAAAUUAGCAAAAACAAAGAUAUCGUUUAGAUAUAACCCAUUGCGAGAUACUAGAUAUGAUGAAGCAAUAUUAUAUGAACUUUUAUCACAAGCAUAUGCUAUUAUACAGGCACGUUAUCAUGAUUGGAUUAGAGUUGAAAAGGAUGAGUAG